UGAACCGGUUUGACCGUCAGAAUUGACGGUCAAUCAUUUUCUCCAUCAAUGACUGAGCACUCACUGCUGACUAGACUAGUCCAUAUCAUUUAAAAAUUGAAUAAAAAACAAAAAAAAAAUGAAAAGGGAAGUCGAAUGGUCCACCACAAGCAAACCUUUCCCAUUCUUUAUCCCCUCUCUUCCUCCUCUGUUAGCAACUAUCCCAGGGAGGAGAUUGUCAGAGACGGUGAUAAUUUGGAGAUUGAUGAGGAGGAAAGCCGAGCUCGUCGGAGAGAAAGUUGUAUAGGAGAUAAACGAUGCGAAGGAGCGAGCAGCGAGAGAGAGAGGAAGGGUGGAGCCAUUGAAGUUGUUGGAGUGGAGGCUGAGGCGGCGAAGCUGGGCGAGUGGCUGGAAGAAGAGCAAGUGACGCCGCGGCAGUCGCAAGGGGCGAGUGGGAUGGAAGGGUCCCAGCCGUCCAGGGCACCAAGUGGGUCGUGGAGGGCGAGCUUGAAGGCAGUCAAGGCUUGGAACUCGACGGCGGGGACGACGACGGUGGUGGCGACUGCGAGAAGGAGAAGGGGAGGACAAAGUGGAGGCGGCGGAAAAAAAUGAAAUUAGGGUUUGGAUGGGCUUUGGGGAUUUUGGAUAAUAAGAGGGUUUCAAUUUUAUAUCUUAAUUUUAUUUUAAUCGAAUAACAAAAUUAAAAUAAUAUUAUUUAAUGAUGUGGCAAGCCACAUCAGCUACUUUUUGAUGAGUCACUAACGGAGUAGUGUUUGACCGUCAAUAUUAACGGUCAAAGAAAAUUUUGGGCCAAAUUUGUCCAAUAGUUUGAAAAGUAGGCCAUAAAUGUCUUAUUAGAAA